AUGGUUGCUCCAAACUUUCACUCACAUCUUGCGCAAGUCGAAGUGUGCGAAGUGCUGUAUAACAUUCGCGUACUAAAGAUGAAGGACUCAGUGUUCCUUUACAUCGGUCAAGAUAAGGCAGAAUCGUUCGACGAGAUGGCGGUCGCAAUGCCAAAUGCAAGCAACCCAUCGGACGUGCUGGGUACCACCAUCAUCGGUCCACCUGAUGGUAGCGGUGCACAGGAUCUAGCACAAAGGCUUGCCAAAAAGCUAAAGAAACAGGUGUACCUCAGCCUGGGAUCAUCCGUCCCCAACGAUCGUAUCGUGCGGCCGUCGAUUGAGAAGAAAAUAUUCGACGAUAUCAAAAACAAUAUCGAAUGCUUUUGA